ACCCCAACCCCGCAGGCUCUGUCACAACGACCCCACCCCCCAACCCCCUCUGAGCGAGGGCACGGAGCGACAGGCUCGCAUUCGCGGAAAGAAGACCGUUUCGGGAUCCCGGCUCUGUUUCGCCCUCAAUCCGGGCCCUAAUGCUGUAGCGGUCAGCGCGGGAGAAGAGAGCGAAGUGAGACGCAACGCAGCGACCGAGAGUCGGCGAGGGACAGGGCGGACUGGGGAGACGACGGGAUUGCUCAUUCGCCUGGAAACAUGGGAUGUACACUGAGCGCCGAAGAGCGCGAAGCUAUGGAGAGGAGCAGAGCCAUCGAGAAAAACCUGAAAGAGGAUGGGGUGAUGGCUGCCAAGGACGUCAAGCUGCUGCUGCUCGGCGGUGGUGAAUCCGGGAAAAGCACCAUUGUCAAACAGAUGAAGAUUAUCCAUGAAGAUGGCUUUUCUGGGGAUGAUGUGAAGCAGUAUAAGCCUGUGGUCUACAGCAACACCAUCCAGAGCUUGGCAGCCAUCCUUCGAGCCAUGGAUUCACUGGGAAUUGAGUUUGGAGACAAGGACCGAAAAGCUGACGCAAAGCUGGUCUGUGAUGUAGUCAGUCGUAUGGAGGACACAGAGCCGUAUUCUGCAGAGCUUCUUGCUGCUAUGAAGCGUCUAUGGGCCGAUCCCGGGACUCAAGAGUGCUUCAGCCGAGCUCGAGAAUACCAGCUGAAUGACUCGGCUCAAUACUACCUGGACAGUCUAGACCGUAUUGGAGCGGCAGACUACCAGCCCACAGAACAGGACAUUCUGAGGACCCGAGUGAAAACCACCGGCAUUGUCGAAACCCAUUUCACCUUCAAAAAUCUCCAUUUCAGGCUGUUUGACGUUGGUGGUCAGAGGUCAGAGAGGAAGAAGUGGAUCCACUGUUUCGAGGAUGUGACAGCUAUUAUUUUCUGCGUCGCUCUAAGCGGAUACGACCAGGUGCUCCAUGAAGAUGAAACAACUAACCGCAUGCAUGAAUCCCUCAUGCUCUUUGACUCCAUCUGCAACAACAAGUUCUUCAUUGACACCUCCAUCAUCCUCUUCCUUAAUAAGAAAGAUCUGUUUGCUGAAAAGAUCAAGAAGUCACCACUGACCAUCUGUUUUCCAGAAUACACAGGUGCUAAUACUUAUGAAGACGCUACGGCUUACAUUCAGGUUCAGUUUGAGAGCAAGAACCGCUCUCCCAACAAGGAGAUCUACUGUCACCUGACCUGUGCCACAGACACAGGAAACAUCCAGGUAGUGUUUGAUGCUGUCACCGACAUCAUUAUUGCAAACAACCUUAGAGGCUGCGGCUUAUACUGAGGCCGCAUGCCAGAAGCACAGAGGUCGUCAUAGAGUGCGUGAGGUGUUAAUAAUGAUAACUUUGAUUAUUCUUAAAUGCAUAAAUAUGUAAUUCUACACGUCCAAACGGGACCCAAAGAGCUGUCGUCAAACACCACACUGGAUCAAUGCCAUGAUUUGUAUCCCUGUCCUCUUAUUUUAAAUCUAAACCUCAGUUUUUUUUUUUGUUUUCUUUAAAAAAUGUGUUUUUAAGUUGAAUGUUUAUUGAAGGCUUGAAGCAUCAGAGGUUUGUUCAGCUAAAGCCUCGCCCAGAAACACAGAAAGGGACACUGUCCUGUAACCCUGAGGCGCUGUGGCUCUGAAAACAGCCUUUGGUGCUCCAUGCCACGAGCUGCUGAGCGUGAAGGUGGAGAUGAUGAUGAUGACGGUGUCUUGUGGCUGACGGGCAUGGACGCAAAGUAAAGAAGGAGGCUGUGUUAACUUUCCUUCAGACUGACACGUGACCAAUUAAGCCUGCUGGUCUGUUCCAAUCUGUUUUUAGUUUUUUCUGUCAAACAUCAUGAAAGAGAAGAUUCUUCUGUUUAGAGCAGCUGCUGGUUGCCACCCAUCAGCCAGUUAUAUCUAGGAAAACAGGAAGGAAGAGAAAACAUUGGUGCCAAUGAUCUGAGAAUUACAUAUAGGGGAUUAGAAUCAGAAAUUAUAGCUCAUACUGUUGAUUUAUAUGAUUUAAAUAUCAGAUUUUAUUAUAAUAAAUGAUUUAUUUAUGCUUCCUACCUUUUAGAUUAGUCCCGUACCAUAUACAGUGCUGUGAACACCCCCCUUACAGAUUGUAGGGUUUUUGAAGCAUGAAUGACCCGUUUAAGAUCAUAUCACAGCAUAUUGGUUGAAUUUAAGCCUGGGCUUUGACUAGACUACUCUCAAAUCUCCUUUUAGUCUCAGCACCCUCUAGAUGUGGACAUUCUGGUGUAUUUGAGUUUAUUGUCCUGUUGCAUGUAGGGGCGUUAGAUGACCCAGCUUUCUUUGUAAAUGUCUUUCUCACAAUGAACAGAAAACACACUAAUCACUCCAUCACUUUCUACUGUUGAUAAAUUCUUCUUCUGUAAUGCUGUUAGUCGACUGGCAGGUGUAACAGAACACAGCAUCCAGUUAACAUCUUCACUGCAGUUUUAGGGAUUAUCAAGAUAUUUCAGCAGUGAGUUUUGCUUAGGGACUCUUCUGAUGAUGAGUUUUGCUCAGUCUUUUCCUUUUUCAUAAGGCUACAUUGGGGUAAAUAAGGCCUGCAGCGCUUUAGAGAUAAUCUUUUGGUUCUCUGUUGACCUUCUAUAUUAAAUCAUUGAUGAACUCUUAACAGUGUACGAGUAGACCGACCAACGAUCCAUGUUUCUCCAUUUCUGGAUAAUGGUUCCUACUGUCUAACACUGGAUUUGAAAGCCUUAAAAUGGCAUUGGUACCCUUUCUUGGGUGAUAGAUAUGAAUGAGUUUUUAAAUUCAUGUCAGACUUUUUCAAAAUGCAAAGAAGAAAUCUGGAAGGGGUGAAUACUUAUCACAGCACUGUAUUGGUUUCCAUUCAUGUUACACUGAGGGGCAGAGGGAGCAAAAAGCAGCAGCGUCCAUGUUUUCUGGCUGCUACCCGGCCCUUGGAUGUGGACUGCAAAGAAAAAGACAACCUCAACUGAGGCAGACUUUGGUCGGGGGCUUUUUCUGAUUUGAACCCACCCCUCCACCAUCAAUCAUGUUUCUCUGUUUGCAGGGAAAUCAAAAGCCCACCCAUCUUCACCCUAAAAUUCACCCUCCCAUUCCCGUACUCUCUUUAACCCAUCACAUAUCAGUCAUUCCUCACAUCCUAUCUCCAUUUUCACCCGAAAAAGCACCGUACUGUAUAUAUAUAUUAUGAUUAUACCAGAUUUUUUUUUUACUGUGAAUGUUUUUGUGCUGCACCCCCAUCCUACUCAGUAGUUUAUUGGUUGCUCUCAUGUGGAAUGUUUGUGCUGAGCCAAUCGAAUGUUGUGUUUACAUUAAAGCCACACUUUUCCUAUC